AUGGAGGAAAAGAAGAAGAUAAUCCGUCGAAGUCGUAACGGAUGCCAUAAUUGCAAAAGAUCAAAAAUUAAAUGUGAUGAAAACAAACCUAUAUGUUCAUACUGUUUUAAAACCAAUGCAAUUUGUGAUUAUUCGCUCAAAUUAACUUGGGGUGGACGACCCUAUAAAGAUAUCAAUAAAAGAAAACAACUAUCAUUGGUAAAGAAAGAAGCUCAAGCAACAGUAAACGAUUUCCCCAUUGAGACAUCCACCUCAUUAAAUAUACCAAUUUCCAACAAUUCUAACUCAAAGGGAGAUACUGGCUUAACUUUUAUUUUACAUGAAUUUAACACAGACUCAAUAAAAUCCCCACAGUCACCUUCCGAAUCAGUCUCUUCACACAUUGACCCACCUGCACCCCACAGGAACGCAAAAAGAAAAAUUGCAGAAAUUGAUGGUAUCGUUGAUCCAGAAAUCAAAAGAAAAGACUCCCACAUGGCAUUAACUGACAUUUUCCCAGAAUUAAAUAGUGGGAUGGAGAAUUUAACAAAUGCAUUAGCAGACUUUGGCGGGCAGCAAUUCCAAUUGCAAAACUCUGACAUUUUCAGCACAUAUAUUCUGAACCCACAAAAGUACAUGGGGGUUACUCGGUACGGCAGUGACUCGGAAUCUCUGGCCACGUCAUUUUUGAAUAAUUAUUCAGAAGAUAUUUCCCGAAUUGAGAAAUAUUUACCAAAUGAUCAAAGCAAUUUAAUAGGUGACACGUUCCCCAUGCGACUGGUGUAUAGUUCGAUAAACGGAUCUCCCACACUGGAAGAUAUUUGGGACUCGAUUCCGCCGCUGUUAACACCAUUACCAACGCUACUUCUUAAUGUUCCAUUUUACCGUAACCUAAUGCAUUUCUGGGUAACUGUGGCUUCUCAAAACCUAGUUCCCGCACCAUCAAGCAUCUACAAAGACAAUCCUUAUAAAAUUUUACUAACUCAAAUGGCCAUGGAAUAUCCUGCUAUUUUGAACACAUUGUUAGCCUUUUCAGCAAAAUUGAGGUCUUCUUUAAUUGGCGCAGACGACACUCCAGAUAUUGUAAUUGAUCAAUUGUUGUCAAGAUCCUGUACAGAACUACUACAGUUAUUAAAGGAUGAAUCCAAGGCAACCUCGGAUGAAGCGUUGGCCACAGCAUUAUUACUUUCUUGUUAUGAAGUUUUCAACUCCAAAGACUUUAGCCGCCACCGUGCUCACAAUAUUGGGGCAAGACAAAUUAUCAAAGCACGUUCAAACACCCCUCAUAAAAGGGGACCAGAAGCAGGAACGGAAGGUGAUAUGACGUUCUUUUUAAUGAGGUGGUUUGUGUAUACUGAUGUCAUUGGGGCCCUUUCUUCAACAACGGAUUCACACGAUUACUUGCUAACUUCUAAUGAUUUAAGCACAUACGAGCCGUUGGAGUCUUUGACCAUGUUGCAUGAAAUUGAUAAGAUGGAAGAUGAAACCCAAUACCCAAAGAAAACUAUUGAUUAUUUGAUGGGGUUCAAUAUAAAAUUUCUCCCACAUUUUACCAAGAUCACCAUGCUUGUACGAGAAACAAACGCACAUUUGGGGAAAGCAAAGGCAAGUGCUGCCAAUUUGCCUUUGAGUAUAGUUUACAAAGCUCUUGAAGUCAAGGAGGCCUUAAUAGAAACACAAAGAAAGGACGAAAAAUCUAUUUUACAAAGUCAUGAGAAAAUUAUAGAGUUAAAUUCUGGAAAAGGGCAGCCACUGUCAGCUAAAGAUUUACCAGAAGAAACGGUUACCCUUAUUAAAGAAAAUGAUAUUUUACGGUUUACAAAUAAAAUAUUCUGUGAUGCUGGAUUGAUACACUUGUAUCGACGAGUUCUUUUAGUUCCCAGAGAAUCGAACCUUGUACAAGAUUUAGCUAAUGGCAUAGGGGAGUUAGCGAAAUUGCAUAUUGAGUCACGAUCCCCAGCUGACAUAUGCUGUAUCUUUUGUUUAUUCACUGCAGGGUGUGAGGUUUUGCGUCCAGAAAUGCAACAGUUUUUUGAACAGAGAUUCCAAAAUUUGGGUCAAAUGGGAAAUAUAAAUGCCCGAAAGGGUUUGCAAAUCAUGAAACGAUGCUGGGAAACAAACGAAGAUUGGAUAACUGCAGCUGAAAAAAUUGGUGUUGAUCUAACAUUGUUGUAA